AUGUCAUUCGCACCUCAGACCCCAUAUCAACCUUACGCCGAUGUCCACAAGGAGCCGAAAGGUCCAGGAGAUUCUCGUCCAACGGCUCUCCGAAUUGUCAAGGAUUGCAAUGCUGCCGGCACUCUCAAGGGCAAGACUGCCCUGAUCACUGGCACAUCUUCCGGCAUUGGUGUCGAAACCGCGAGAGCGCUUUACGAGACCGGUGUCACGCUCUUUCUCACAGCCCGUGACAUGCCCAAGCUUGAGAAAGUCAUCGAGGAUGUCGUCUCCAAGUCUUCUGCCAAAGACAUUCCUCGACCACAAGCCAUUGAGAUUCAUCUAGACUCCUUGGAAAGCGUUCGCCAAGGCGCCGAAGAGUUCAAGAAGCGGGCCAACGGGCAGCUCAAUCUGUUGAUCUGUAAUGCGGGCGUGAUGGCCAGUCCCUAUACCAAGACCACAGACGGGCUCGAGCUCCAAAUUGGCACAAACCACUUCGCCCACUUCCUCCUAUUCCAAAUCGUCAAGCCACUUCUCCUCCAAUCCGCCGCUGAGUCCGGCAUCUCCAGCCGAGUCAUCACCGUCUCCUCUCUCGGUCACCAAUUCGGCCACGGCAACUUCGACGACAUCCACUACAAGAACGGCUACGACAAGUGGACUGCCUAUGGUCAAUCGAAAAUGGCCAACAUCUACAUGGCCAUCUCCAUUGAGCAGCACUACGGCUCUCGAAACCUGCACGGCUUGAGUGUCCACCCUGGCGGCAUCAUGACGGAGCUCGGUCGACACUUGGACGACUCGGAUUGGAAGACGAUUGGAGUCGACAAGGUCGGCCACGUAUUCAAGACUCCGGAGCAAGGUGCCGCCACCACGGUAUGGGCCGCUGUGUCGCCACAUUUUGAAGGCAAAAAUGGAGGCCGGUACCUGGGGGACGUCGGUGAAGAGGGAGCCGUGGAGGCGCCCGCGAUUCUUGGCAGCAUCGAGGGUGCUACGUCCAUGUCGGGAUAUAGCAAGAAUGCCUACGACGACGAGGCCGCCGGGAAGUUGUGGAAGUUGAGCUACGACAUCCUCGGUCUGCCGGCGGAAGACUAA